CAAAAGUCGGUACUGAUUGGAUCUCCAAAUAUGGGGGGAAAAAUAUGAAUAGAACAGUUUCGUCAGCCAUGUACCGAUCGGCGGCGAUGCGAUUGCUCGGCUAUCCGUCCUUGUACCGUAACGAGCCUUCCCAAACCUCCAACAUUCGAGCCCUUGUAGUGAACCCACCUCGGUUUUCAGCUUCGGCAACAUCUGAGGCGUUCCUUAGACAAAGCCCUAAUCAGUCCGAUUCUGCAUCCUCAUCCUCAUGGACAGAAGAAGAAAGGGCUCGUGGCUAUCAGAGCCAGUCCUCGAAAGGAAGAGGGCCUAAAGCUUAGUACAAGUUCGCGU